UCUUUGCAUCACAGCCGAGCGUCGCCUCUCGUGGAGGUCCGGGCUACGAGCAGGUGGUGCGACUCGCCGAGCGUCUGGUGCAGCUCUGCAUUAAGGGCUACGUCACCGACGGGGGUGGAGGAGGUCGUGAAGCUGUGGGAGAACCUCGAUGAGGUCGAUAAGGGGCGUGUGAGAUACCCAACACGCUACAAAGUCGUGGAAAACUUCAACAAACGCCGCAUUGUGAGACCCAGAAGUCGAGGAACGUGGCCCGACGCCAGGCGACUGGUUGAGGCGAUUUUCGUCCAGCUAUGUGUCCUCCACCCGAGCAGCACGAGGCAGAACGGCUGUUCGAUCCCCCGCCUGACUCUGGUUCUGAGGGCCUACGAAAUGAUUCAGCAUGCCGUAUUGUCAAACCCAAGACUCAUGGCCAGAACGACUCUGCAGCUUUUUACUGUAAACCGGACGCUGCUGACUGAGUGGCACCAAAGGUGGACUAUCAGCAUGGAGAGGAACUUCCUGUCAUCGUUUAGCCCCAACAGGCAAGAAACUGGCACUGCCGCUGCCAGCUCCACCCCUGCAGCCCCCAAGUUUGCAUGUUCUUCCACCCCUACAGCUCCCAAACCUGUAGCUUCAUCCACCCCUGCAGCUCCCAACCCCACAGCUUCCUCCACCCCUGCAGCCUCCAACCCCACAGCUACCUCCAUGUUUGCAUCUUCCUCCACCCCUAUAGCUCCCAAACCUGCAGCUUUCUCCACUCCUGCAGCUUCCAACCCCACAGCUACCAAGCCUGCAGCUACCUCUAUGUUUGCAGCUUCCAAGCCCGCAUCUACCUCCACCCCUGCAUCCUCCAACCUUGUAGCUACCUUUAUCUCUGCAUCUCCCAACCCCGCAAUUACCUACAUGUUUGCAGAUACCUUCAACUCUCCAGCCUCCAUCUCUGCACUUUAUUUCACUCCUGCAGCUACCUCCAGAGUUACAAAUGCAUUCUUCAUUCCAGCUUCCUCCACCCCUGCAACCUCCAACUCUGCAGCUACGUCCAUCUCUGCAGCUCUCACCCCCUCAGCUACCUCCAUCUCUGCAGCUCCCAACCCUGCAGCUACUUUCAUCUCUGCAGCUCCCAACCCUGCAGCUACUUUCAUCUCUGCAGCUCCCAACCCUGCAGCUACCGCCAUCUCUGCAGCUCCCAACCCUGCAGCUACCGCCAUCCCUUCAGCCUCUGCCUCUGCACUUUAUUUCAGUCCUGCAGCUACCACCAGAGUAACAGAUGCAAUCUUCCGUGCAGCUUCCUCCACCCCAGCAGCAGCAGUAGCAGCAGCAGUAGCCGUCGCCCCUCCUCGUCUUCCUCGUACCACAGCGUGGCGGAGGAGGCUGAAGGAGCAGCAUCUUGCCCAGGCCCGGGCGCUCAGCAUUACCCACAAACAGCGGAGGAGGAUGGAAAGUUACACGUGCCGGCGCUGCAGACGACCGAAGACGAAAGAGUUCGGUCACAGUCAGUUCAGAGGAGCUCACUUCUGCUCGGAGGCUCAGGGUCGCUCCGCGGAGGACUGGCUGGAGGAGAAGAGGAGGCAGAAGCAGAACGAUAUGUGAAGAAAUUCCCUCGAUUUCUUCGUGAAAUAUUGCGUUCACAGGAACAGGACGGACGAACAGCCUGAAAGCAUGAUGUCUCCGGUCAGAGGCGUGAAAACAAGCUGAACCGAACCCUCAGAAACCUGAAGUUCACUGCGUCCCGACGUCUUUCACAGGCACUUAAACCCUCAAGGGAGCACAUUGCUUUUAUUUCUUUCAAAAACAGAGAAAAAGGAAAACAGCCAUUUGGCAAAAAAUGUUUUGCAAAAGAGGAGAGAGAGAAAGAAAAUAAUAGAUUAAAAAAAAAAUCUAGGGGGAAAAGGUCCGGAAAAGUAUAAUUAAGUAUUAUAAUAUAUUUGAAUUUUUUUGUGUGCACUUUUACUUGUUUUUUUUCAU